AUGUCAACCAAUGUUAACGAAGAAAGGAAAAGGUUAAAAGAAUUAUUAACUGAAGCUACUGAACUUGAAAAAGAAUUCAAGAAACAAGAGCUACUUAAAAGACGAGCAAAAAGCGCGGAAUCAGCCGCGGAAUCAGAACAAGAAGCAGAGUUUUUGCGUCAUAGUCUGAAAGACGUGUACGAAGACAUUCUCUUGACCGAUCUAAAGUUCGCCAUCGAGAACAACAUCGAAGAGAAACUCUGGAGAAAUAUUUUCUAUGGUCACGUCGAAGAACUUCGGCAAAAACUGCGAAAAAUAAAAUCUGAGAAGAUAUCGGAUGAUCACCAAGCGGCAUACCUUGAAUUAUGUCGUUACCUUGACUUAGGAACUGGCUUUUAUCACACUCUUAUAAAUAAUUUAAAGAUUCGGGAAAAUAUCGAUUUAGAUCGAAUUGGAAUUGACCUGUUUAAAAAAGCAACUAACGGAGAAAUCAAAAAUCGCUCUCCCUCCUCGCCGACUAUCUCAAAGAUCCGCAAACAAGAGCUUGCAGCUGAAUGUAUUCAACGUUGUCUUAUUUAUCUUGGUGACUUUGCCCGAUAUCGUGAGAAUGUUAUUGCAGCAGCGGGUGAACGACGCUGGGAAUUUGCUCGACAGUUUUAUAUCAAAGCAGCACGAAUUGGUUGCAAUUAUGGAAAAGCCCAAGGUCAAUUAGCUGUUUUGGCUGCUUAUAGUAACAAAGAUUUGGACGUUGUUUAUUGGUAUUCACUUAGUCUUGCAACAAAACAACCUUCUCCUAUCGCCGCAGAUAAUCUUAAAACCUUUUACACCAAAUUCCAACAAUCAGAAAACACACGCGUUACUAUUUCCCCUUUACCUGAAGUAGACGAAUUCACGAGACGUUUCUUGUCAAUUCAUCGUCUACUUUUAGAUGAGGACAUUGUUGGUCUUAAGCAAAAGGCUGCAGAGAUCGCGGAAUUAAAGGAUCGUUUCGAACAUUUAAUUAAUUCGCCGUCAGACAGUAAUUCUAAUUUAGGCAUAAUCUUAAAGAAAAUUAUUCUUAUUCUAAUAUUUACAUAUUGGGAUUAUCGAAAUGGAGCAGUUCCAGAUCGUAUUAUCGAGUUACGUCAUGCACAAAUCGCAAUCAUUAGUAUAGGAAUAGGCUUUUCUAUUCAUGUUUUGGAUCAUUUGUAUAACGCUUUGAUGAAUUUAGUAAAUGGAGAAAAUGAAUGUUCCUUACAGAACUCGAUGACAGAGUGCUUACCCGCCGUGAUUCUUUGGUGCGAGUAUCUUGGGUUAUCGUUCGAGUCUUUUUUACAAUUUUAUACUUUUUCAAAGAGUGUGGAAAAAGAGGGUGAUAUGUUGGUUUCUCAGCUUCUGACGAAUCUCACGGAUUUUGCCAAAUCAUUAGCCAAAACACUUAAUCAUUCCCGACUCCAAAAAAUCUUGGGCGAUAUAACCAAUCAUCAUCUCAACGAAUUCGCACUAUAUUCGCUGCCGGAAGAUUUGGAGUUUCUUGGAAUUAUCCCGUUACGACCGUUGCAGCAGAAUCUGCGGUUCAAUAUUGGUGCAGUUAAUGAUCCAUUUAGGACGCGAAUGGCUAGACUAUAUAAUUUUGUGAAAAGAUUGACUGAAUCGAAGUCUUUUGAAAUAUUAGAGUUUAACGAAAAGAUGGGACAAUUUGCUUUUGUUGACGAGGAGGCCAAGAAAAAAGAGCGUCGACGUGUUAUGCAAUUGAUGGCUGAACGACGCCUUCAAGAGCAAGUGACCUCACUAGAACAAAACCUUCAAAAGAUGGUUGUUCCUGUACGUGUCAUCUCAAAACCUUCAUCGCCUGUUAAACAAAAGUUACCCACAAAACAAUGCGUAAUUGAUAUCACGGUUGUAUUGAAUCACUUGAAAUUGGUGCGAAAAUGGACAUCUGAAGCUAAAUGUAAUGUGGUUAUUCCUUUAGAAGUAAUCGAUUCGUUAGAUUCAAUAAAGAAAGGCGAUAAUCAAGAAAAUGCCCGUGCACGUGAGGCAAUCCGAUUUCUUGAUCAACAAUUUCAGAAACGUCAAGAUAUCCCCAAUGAUGAACAACCCCAUCAACAGUAUUACGGGUCUCACUUUUUCAUUCGUGCUCAGAAAGUUAAUGAAAAGAUUACACCUUGGGAUAAAAAUUAUCGCCCUCUUUUGAGUUGUGUUAUUUAUUAUUAUCGAGUUGCCAAAAUCGAAGAUGUCGUUUUGGUAACUGAUGAUUCUCAACUCACCAAUUAUGCAAAGAUGUUUAAGCUUCCUGUUUGCUCUCCUUUGAGUAAUAAUUAG